UGGAUCAAUAUUAGUUACUGGUGGACAGAACGGUGGGGGCUACGUCCAUGAUGCUGAAUUGUACAAUCCAUUAACUGGCACUUGGACAACUACAGGAAGCAUGAAUAUUGCACGGGAACAUCAUACAGCAUCCACAUUAGCAAAUGGACUGGUAUUAGUUACUGGUGGAGACAUAGGUGCUAGUUAUCUCACUAGUGCUGAAUUGUAUGAUCCAUCGACAGGUACUUGGACAACUACAGCAAAUAUGAGUGUCGCACGAGAUUAUCAUACAGCAUCCACAUUAGCAAAUGGAUCAAUAUUAGUUGCUGGUGGAUACAACGGUGCUUCUGUCAAUAUUGCUGAAUUAUACGAUCCAUCAACAGAUACUUGGACAACUACUGGAAACAUGAAUGUUGCACGAGCAUAUCACACAGCACUCACAUUAGCAAAUGGAUUAGUAUUAGUUACUGGUGGAGAGAACAGCAGUGGUAGCUAUCUUAAUAGUGCUGAAUUGUACAAUCCAUCAACAAGCACUUGGACAGUGACAGCAAACAUGAGUAUCGCACGAGAAUAUCAUACAGCAUCCAUAUUAGCAAACGGAUUAGUAUUAGUUGCUGGUGGACAGAACAACGGUGGUUCUCUCAAUAGUGCUGAGCUUUAUUGA